GAUAUUAUUUAGGUCACAAUUGUAUAAGAAUUAGCUGAUCCAGACCCACACUCCUUACCAGUUGGUGGCGGUGAAUACAACCACCAAAUAACUCCAGAAGAAGAAGAUGGAGACUUCUAGUGGCUUGUUGUUGCUCUCCUUCUACCGCUUGCUUCACGCUGCUACUGACACCGGUGUCUACCCUAAAAUAAAAGCAUGAAUUAGUGCAAUGCUGCUUGAUUAUUAUAGAGUAUUCCAAAAAAGCAAUCUUUUCCCUCCUGCUGUCCGUGACCUGCAACUCAUUUUUUGGCCGAGAUCCAGUGAUCAAACAGACAGAUGAUGUGGUGUGUCUGUCUGUAUGUCAGAGAUGUCAAGAGAAAGUGUCUUUGUUGAGGAUGAGCAUCAAAUUCCUGUAAGCAAUCCUCCACCAACAAUCUGCACCAACGACACCCUUAAACAAUGGAGAUGUUCCAGAAUCAUCUGAGACCUUCAAGGAGAACUUUGCUGUUUGCCUUCCUCGCAUUAUGGCUGUUUGUUGCCAUUUCCUCCGAUGAGGAUUACUACAAGUUGUUGGGUAUUUCGAAAGAGGCAGGCACUCGAGAGAUCCGGCAGGCCUUCAAAAAGCUCGCUCUCACAAUGCAUCCGGACAAAAACCCUAAUGAUGAAACGGCCCACGACAAGUUCUUGAAGAUCAAUCGGGCCUACGAGGUGUUGAAGGAUGAGGACAUGAGGAAGACAUAUGACAAGUAUGGAGAGAAGGGCCUGCAAGAUGAACAAAAGGGAGGAAGAUAUGAGAGCUGGAACUAUUACAGAUAUGAUUUUGGAAUUUAUGAUGAUGAUCAAGAAAUUACUACCCUAGACAGAGCGGACUUUGAUGCAGCAGUAAAAUCUGGGGAAGUCUGGUUUGUUAAUUUCUAUUUCCCACGCUGCUCGCACUGUCACGACCUUGCUCCCACGUGGCGGGAGUUUGCUAAGGAGAUGGACGGUGUAAUUCGGAUCGGCGCAGUGAACUGUGGCGAUAAUAGCAGACUGUGCCGUAGCAAAGGCAUUAGCAGCUACCCCAGCCUCUAUGUGUUCAGAGCUGGAAUGAAUCCUGAGAAGUACUAUGGCGACCGAUCAAAAGCAAGUCUCACCACAUUUGCAAUGCAGUUUGUGCAGAGCAAAGUGACGGAACUGUGGCAAGGGAAUAUCUUUACUGAGAUCAAUAGAGCAUUUGCUGAAAGAAUUGGCUGGCUGAUAACGUUCUGCGCCGACACCGGGGAUUGUCUGGAGGCCCAGACAAGACGGAAGCUCGCUGGAAUGUUGGACGGGCUGGUAAAUGUGGGAUGGAUGGAUUGCUCCAAGCAGGCAGAUCUGUGUGACAGCUUUGAGAUCUCCACUAGCACAACCGGCCUCUUCUCACCUGGCAGUUCGCUUGCUCAGAAAGGCAGUACAUUGUUUAUCCAGAGUUUGGAUUCUAAAGAAAUAUAUGCACAAGUAUUGAAGUAUCUGCCUGACCUUGAGAUUCUUACAAAGGACAGCUUUGAGCAUAAAUUGGCUCAUCACCGGUGGCUCAUCAGCUUCUCCUUUGGACACGAUGAUCUGGCAUCACAUGAAUAUAAAAAACUCAAAACUCUUCUGAAAGACUUUCACAUACAGGUGGGAAAGGUGGACUGUAUCUCAGGUUCAGAGCUGUGCGCUUCUCUUUAUAUUCAGGAACCCUGUGUGGCAGUUUUUAAAGGGGUUGGAAUUCAUGAUUUUGAGAUUCACCAUGGUAAGGAUGUCCUGUAUAACAUUGUGGCCUUUGCAAAAGAUAGUGUGAAUUCCCAUGUCACCACUCUGAGACCUGAGAACUUCCCCAAUCAUGAGAAAGAGCCCUGGCUGGUUGACUUCUUUGCACCUUGGUGUCCACCAUGUCGAGCUGCUCUCCCUGAACUAAGGAAAGCCUCCAUCCAGCUCUUUGGACAGUUAAAAUUUGGGACUCUGGACUGUACUGUGCAUGAGGGGCUCUGCAGCAUGUACAACAUUAAUGCAUUUCCAACAACUGUGAUCUUCAACAAGUCCAGUAUCCAUGAGUAUGAAGGCCAUCACUCUGCAGAUGGCAUCCUGGAGUUUAUAGAGGACCUGGUGAAUCCUGUGGUGGUGACUUUGAGCCCAGAGUCUUUCCAGAAGCUGGUGAAGAGACGCAAGUCCACAGAGACAUGGCUGGUUGAUUUCUAUGCCCCGUGGUGUGGCCCCUGCCAGGCGCUGCUGCCUGAGUGGAGGAGAAUGGCGCGGAUGCUGAGUGGGGUUGUAAACGUGGGCACAGUUGACUGCCAGCAACACCACUCAUUUUGUCAGGGUGAGAAUGUGCAAGCUUAUCCAGAGAUACGCCUCUUCCCUCAGAAUAGCAACCGCCGAGACCAAUACCAAAGUUACAAUGGAUGGCAUCGGGAUGCCUUUUCAAUCAAGACUUGGGCAUUGAGCUUGUUACCUCGGGCCUCAGUGGAUCUGUCACCUGAAGACUUUAAGAGAAAUGUUUUGGGAGGAAAGGAUCACUGGGUGUUGGAUUUCUACGCUCCAUGGUGUGGCCCCUGCCAGCACUUUGCCCCUGAGUUUGAAGUUCUUGCCAGGAUGAUGAAGGGUACUGUGAGAGCUGGCAAAGUGGACUGUCAGACACACUACCAGACCUGUCAAAGUGCUGGCAUCAAGGCUUACCCAAGUGUCAGGUUUUACCCGCACCUGGGCACUCCACGGCGAGAUCAGAGUGGAGAACACAUUAACAGCAAAGACUCCAAUGUCAUUGCAGACAUUCUGCGACAGCGACUCCAGCAGCUAGCCACACAGGGAAAGUCCUCCAAACUCAAAGAUGAACUGUAAGACUUCAAACAUCGUUCAAUCCACAAACUCUUGCCCAUGGAAUGGUAAGACAGGGGAAAAACGCACACGCAAAAGGAAGGACUCUUUGAUGAGAGAUUUGUUUGAGUUUAUUUACUGCCAAAGAGACUGUAGAGAGGAGUGACUUCACCUCAGCUGCUUCAAAGAGGGUUCGAAGAGGAAAUCACAGCAGAGUUUCGAGACUCAACAAACAACACCUCCAAAUGUGUUACUGAUGCAAGACAAGGUCACCACAGUGCUAUUUAUUUAUGACUGUCCAUAAUAUAUGAAUGUACUGUUAAAAAUAAAUAUCUUUAUUUCUUUCAUUUUGACUGUAACAAUAGAUGCAUUUGUCCGGUUGCAUAACGUUUUGUUGUAUUUUUCUUAGUAAAAUGCAAUUUAGAGUUCUGUUCAACUUCAGAAGGCUCUUUUAUUGUAUUUUUCUAAAAUACAUUCUAGUUCUCAUUCUGUCAAAGUUGCCCAAUCAUGGAGUAUUUUGUAGAAAGCAUAAAACGACACAGUUUUUAGUGGAUUCUUGGCAAACUCUGUAGUUUAAUGUUUUUCUGCACUAUUUUGUAUUUUAUUUCUCAGCAGUCAUAUGUGUUUGGAGAGAUUCAUUGUAGAAUAAACCUCUUCACUUUCGGUUUU